UUAACCGAUCCGCAUGAAAAGCAUAGCGCUUGGAGGGGAAGGGGAUGCGAUGUCGCUGGCCAAGCUCUCCUCCGCCUUCCUCCGCCGUGGCGGCACCAACAGCCUCCUCCCCCUCCUCCACUGCCAACGCCUCGGUGGCCUUCUCUUUUUCUCCUCCGCCAUCACCGGCGCCGCCUCCGAGGGACAUAACUCAUUCCACAGACCCCAUUUUAUGGUUGCUUAUCUUGUCAACUCCUGUGGCCUCUCCUCCGCCGAGGCGUCCAAAGCCACCAAAUUCCUCGCCCACCUUAAAUCCACCGAGAGGCCAGAUGCGUUCCUCGGAUUCAUGAGAAACCGCGGUUUCGACGACGCCGGUCUCAGAAAGGUCGUAUCUCGCAGACCCAGAUUUCUCUGCUGCGGCGACGCCGAGAAGCUCCUGGCCCCAAAAUUCCAAUUAUUCCAGGAGCUGGGCUUCUCUGGCUCCGACCUCACCCGUUUAUUCCUUUCCAAUCCCCACAUUCUUAAGCUCAGCCUCCACCGCACCAUCCAGCCCCGGUUGGAGUUCUGGACGGCCCUCCUCGGCUCCAAGGAGCACCUCUUGAAGGUCCUCAGGAUCAGCGCAUGGUUUCUCAAUACCAGCAUUGAGAAGAUCGUCAUGCCCAACCUCUCACUGCUGCGGGAGUGCGGCAUCUCGGAUCAAAAGACGGCUUUGGUGUUGCGCAAGUCUCCCUUGUUAAUCCUCCGAAGUCCCCAAAAGCUCAGAGCUUUGAUGGAGCGGGUCGAUGGGAUGGGAGUACCCCGCAGCUCGGGGAUGUUCUUGCGGGCUCUCCAGGCUAUCAACCGCCUCAGUGAGGCUAAAUUCAAUGCUAAACGAUGCCUCCUGAAGAGUCUCGGGUGGUCAGAGGUCGAAUUCUUUGCUGCCUUCCGCAAGGACCCACUAUUUGUGACAAAUUCUGAGAAGACGUUGUCGGUCAAGAUGGCUUUCUUGGUGAAGGAAGUUGGUUACGGGCCAUCGGAUGUUGCUCUCCGCCCGAAGCUCCUGAUGCAUAGCUUGGAGAAGAGGUUGAAGCCUCGGCAUCGAGUCACGCAGAUGUUGGAGGCGAGUGGGUUUCCUAGUGGUAAAUAUGAGUUCACCACCAUUAUGAAUUUUUCAGAUAAAGUGUUCAUGGACAAGUUUGUUAUCCCACACAAGGAGAAGGUUCCAGGACUGUUAGAGAUGUAUGCUGCUACAUGUGGCAAGAUAGGAACCAUAUAACUUUGGGUGUUCUUCUAAUGUGCAAUGACUUCUUUGUGUCCGUCCAUGAUUGCGUUAAGGUAUUACGUUUGACUUCUUGUGUGAUUACUUGAGCAAUGCUGUCAUAUGAACAUGUGGCUAAACUUGUAUAAUUCUUUUAUCAACUUCAUAAUGUGUGCCAUUCCAAUGAUUUAUGAGUCUAGCUUUGCAUUAGACAAUUGUAUAAAGGAGAAUACAAAAAGAUUGUAGUUCAACAGAUGAUUGAAUAUGCUAAUGUUGGCACCUGUAACCAAAAAAUAUCAUUCGUUUGAAAAUUUUAGGAUUUUCAAUAUCAAAUUUUGCAAUGCGAUAUCAAAGGUCUGUA